CUCUCUCUCUCUCUGUUCUUGAAUCUUAUUCCUUUGAAAUCGAAACCCUAGAAUUUCUACGAAGCUCCUCCAUUGAUGAACAGAAUGCCGGCAGUUUCAGAGCCGGGAAGCGCCAUCAGAAGCAGGUUGAGGUUUCAGGAACUCUCAUCGGGAGCCGAAUCAGUGCCUAUGGAGUUGGGAGGAAGGGAUUCGGAUGGCGAUCGGGAGGCCCCCGUUGUGGCUGGGUCAUCGGGCGAGGGAUUUGAGCUUCAGGAGGAUCCUUCUUUCUUGAAGGAUAACAACGUUCAGGUUGUCAUUCGGAUUCGUCCUCUCAGCGACACCGAAAUGUCACUUCAGGGAAACAAUAAGUGUGUUAGGCAGGAUAAUUGCCAAACAAUCACCUGGACUGGACACCCUGAGUCUCGGUUUACUUUUGAUCUUGUUGCUGAUGAGAAUGUCAGCCAGGAGAAGUUAUUUAAAGUAGCUGGAGUACCUAUGGUUGAAAAUUGCAUGGCUGGCUAUAACAGCUGUAUGUUUGCCUAUGGGCAAACUGGGAGUGGGAAGACGCAUACAAUGUUAGGAGACAUUGAAGGAGGCACCCGUAGGCAUAGUGUUAAUUGUGGGAUGACGCCUCGGGUAUUUGAAUACCUGUUUUCGAGGAUACAGAAGGAGAAGGAUACACAAAGAGAUGAAAAGCUACAAUUUACUUGUAAAUGCUCAUUUUUGGAAAUCUACAAUGAACAGAUUCUAGAUCUUCUGGAUCCAUCCUCCGCCAAUUUACAGAUACGAGAAGAUGCACGAAAAGGGGUCUAUGUGGAGAACUUGACAGAAUUUGAGGUUUCAAGUGCUCGGGAUGUUCUGCAACAACUUGUUCAGGGGGCUGCAAACAGAAAGGUAGCUUCCACAAACAUGAACCGAGCAAGUAGUCGCUCUCACAGUGUUUUUACCUGUGUGAUAGAAAGUAAGUGGGAAUCCCAAGGAAUAACUCAUCACAGGUUUGCUCGUCUUAAUCUUGUAGACCUUGCUGGUUCAGAGAGGCAAAAGAGCUCAGGUGCUGAAGGCGAUCGACUUAAGGAAGCGACCAAUAUCAAUAAAUCACUUUCAACUCUAGGGCUUGUUAUUAUGAACCUAGUCAGCUCAAGCAAGAAGUCGUUGCAUGUUCCUUACCGAGAUUCAAAACUGACCUUCCUUCUUCAGGACUCUCUGGGAGGGAACUCUAAAACUACUAUAAUUGCAAAUAUAAGCCCUUCUAAUUGCUGUGGUUUGGAAACAUUAAGUACGCUAAAAUUUGCACAGCGUGCAAAGUUCAUAAGAAAUAAUGCUAUCAUUAAUGAGGAUGCUUCUGGGGAUGUGCUGACUUUACGGCUACAAAUUCAACAGCUAAAGAAAGAGGUGAAUCGUCUGAGAAAUUUGGUCAAUGAUGUAAAUGAGAAUCAAGAAUCUGAAAGCAAGACUGCUUGCUCUGCCGGAUCACCAGGCAUUUUUAAAUGGGACGGAGGCCAGGGCUCAUUUAGUCCACUCACAUUUGAUAAAAGGUUAUCUCAGCGAAAAGAAUAUGAAGCAGUACUUGCUGCAGCUUUUAGAAGGGAUCGAGAAAAAGAAGUUACAUUGAAGGCAAUGGCUGCUGAAAAGCAAGCUGCGGAGCAGCUGGCUACUCAAAGAACUGAAGAGGUACAAAGUCUUAAGAUGAGGCUUCGGUUCCGCGAGGAGCGUAUUAGAAGGUUGGAGGCAGUGGCAUCUGGAAAGCUUGCAGCUGAAGCACAUCUUUUGCAAGAAAAGGAAGAAAUCUUGAAGGAAAUUGAGGUUCUGCGUAAUCAGGUUGAUAGAAAUCCAGAAGUAACUAGGUUUGCCAUGGACAAUUUGCGCUUGAAAGAAGAAUUAAGAAGAUUGCAGUCAUUUGUUGAAGAGGGUGAGAGAGAAAUGAUGAAAGAACAGAUCACAGUUUUGCAAGAUAAGUUACUGGAAGCACUAGAUUGGAAACUUAUGCAUGAGAAAGAAUCUGUACAGGACCUUACGCUAACUUGGGAUUCUGCUGUAAAUGAGGAAAAUGAGCUCCUUCAUUUGCAGGCUAUUCAAAAUCGAAGGGAAGUGGAGGCACUUCGUAAAAACUUAAAUUUCUGCCUUGAGGCCAAAGAAAAAUUGGAAAGGCGUGUGGAUGAUUUAGAAUCUCAGCUUGAAGAAAAGAGAAAGACAACAAAUGUUCCAGCUGAAGCAAGCCAGGAGCCAGAAAUUACUGAGCCUAAUUUUCCAGGAAUAAAUAGUUUAUCUGAUGACCAAAUAGAGCUUAAAACAAUGGUAGAUGCCAUUGCAAUGGCUAGUCAGCGAGAGGCAGAAGCUCAUGAGACUGCCAUCAUAUUGGCCAAGGAAAAUGAGGAAAUCCGUAUGAAAUUGAAAGAUCUCAUAGAAGACAACAACAAACUCAUUGAACUCUAUGAGAGCACUGCAGCAGGAUGUACAGGUAAGCUGGCUCAGGAUACGGUUCAAGUUGAGAGCAAUGAAGGCCAAAAGAACAUUCGGGAAGAGUUCAUCAUGCAUGAUGAUUCUAGCCAUCAGAAUCUUUGUUCGGAUACUAGGGAUGUCGGAUACCUGGAGAACCAGCUCCGUGAGAUGCAUGAAGAGAAUGAGAAACUGAUGGUCUUAUAUGAGAAUGCCAUGCAGGAGAAGGAUGAAUUUAAAAGAAUGUUCUUUUCUAAUGAACUAAUGAAUGUUGAACCUAAAGAAGAGAUUUGCUGCCCUGAAAAGCUUGUUGAAAUGGAUCAAGGAAAUAAUGAUCAGAAUCUUGGUCAUGCUGAACCUGAGGAACAUACCGAGCAGGUUGAAGCUUCAGAAGAAAAGCUUCAGUAUGUCCAGACCAAGUUAUGUGAGGCGCGACUUAAGCUAGUUACUUCAGCAGAUGCUAUUAGAGCUUCUGCAUUAAUUGAGAAUGGAACUGUUGAAGUCGAUCAGCUUCUGCAAAAAUGUGAAACUGUAACUCAGGAUCUUCAGUCAAAGCAAGAGGAGUUAACAGCUCUCAAGUUCGCCUUAUCUGAAAAACAGGAAAGGAAAGCUGUUAUCGAGAACAAGUUAUUAGCCGCCAAAUCAGCGAUGGAGAAUUUUUCAUCCAAGUCUCAUUAUUGGGAGGAAAGAGAAUUCCAUGCCAGGGCAAGGGUAGAAGCAUGUUCUAAACCUUUAGCAACCAAGAAUGAAGAACUGAUGAGACUUCAGAUGCAGAAAGAAGAAAUUGACGCUGCAUAUUUGAGAGCCCGGCAAUCUGAAUCUGACCUUCGAAGUAGCAUUGACCUCCAAAAAUCAAGAUUUCGAGAUGCUGAAACUCAGAGGAAAGAAACGGAAAGAGUACUAUUUGCUAUUGAUAAUCUGGACAAUUCAGAAGCACAAGUUCAGAGAGGCAUGCAUUUUGGUAAGGCUUCUGAAUUACUGAAGUCUGAAGAAGAGAGAAUAAAGAUAUCAUCUGACCUGAAACAGUUGAGAGAAAAACUUCUUGUCAUCCAAAAGCAAGUUUCUAAUUUUAGAAAGACAUCAGAAGCAUUGGAUACUGAGAUUCAAAGCCUUGAAGCGGGAAUGAAGAGUGAACUAAUCUUGCUUGAGGAAGCCAAACUAGGCCUAGAAAAGGCUGCCAAAGAAAAGGAAAUGCCCUCAGAGAUGAGACAAGAAGGCCUAGGUCACCUGGGAAAGUUAUUAGUUGAAUACCAGGAGUGCAUUUUCAAAUCAGAUCUGAAGGAGGGAGAGAUUGAACUCUGCCAAGAAGAGAUAAAACAAAAGACAACAAACUUGGAGGACUUGAGAUUGAAGCGAAGGAUUGCAGUAGAGAAAUUAAAUGAGAUGAUCAGUGAAAAACGGUUUAAUUAUCAGAAAGUAGAGGAAGGCCUCAGAGAUGUAGAGAUGUCUCUGAGUGAAGCCAUCAUUGCUGCUGCAAAGUAACAGUGCUAAUUUGUAAUCUGUUUGUUCAAAACAAUUCCUUAGCCUUUUUUUUCUAACUCAUUUGAUAAUCAAAUCAAUGUUGUUGAUUGAUUGAGCGUUCUUGCUGUUGGACUUGGUGAAUC